AACAUCCAGGGUAUCACAAAACCUGCAAUUCGUCGGUUGGCUCGUCGCGGUGGUGUCAAACGUAUCUCCGGUUUGAUCUACGAAGAAACCCGUGGUGUGUUGAAGGUGUUCCUGGAAAACGUAAUCCGUGACGCCGUUACCUACACCGAACACGCCAAGAGGAAAACUGUCACCGCCAUGGAUGUGGUUUACGCAUUGAAACGUCAAGGACGUACUCUGUACGGGUUCGGAGGUUAAUUUAUUCGAUCUUUACCUCAUUUCUAAAAAGGCCCUUUUCAG